AGCAGAGAGAAAGAGAGGGAAUGCGUUUUUUUAACUGGGACUCUUUCCCACUGAGAGAUCAUAGCUGACUGGUUUUUCAAGCUCUUCGAUAAAUUUCACAGCUAAAAUUUAUGUUUCUUUCGCAAUCAGAAAGGAUAGUGGGGGACAAGCAAAUAUUAUGAGAGAUCUGAAAACAAAAACUGUUUCUUCAGUCCUUGGCGAUGGCGAUGGCGAUGGCAAUGCCAAGGCCCGCUUGUAAUUACAUCACAUCGCUCUGUAAACAAGGCCGUCUGAAGGAGGCAUUGCACAUACUGUAUAAUAUUACGGACUUACAUUUAGAUUGUUGUACAUACAUUUUUCUCUUGCAGAGCUGCAUUAGGAAGAAAACCUUAGGAAGUGCCAAAUUAAUUCAUGCCCACAUUUGUACCAAGGGAUUAAUCGUUAACAGAGCCGUGACAAACACGCUGGGUAACAUGUAUGCCAAGUGCGGGUGCCUGGCGGAUGCUCGAAAACUCUUCGAUCAUGUUCCUCGCAAAGACGUGUGUUCAUGGACUGUCAUGAUUUCAGCUUAUGCAAAGCACGGGUUUCCUGAAAUGGCAUUGGAAUUAUUCCGUGAAAUGCUAGACACAGAUGUCCUGCCCAAUCACUUCACCUUUGCCACUGUUCUUCCGGCGUGUGCCAGCUUGGCAUCUCUGGAGGAUGGAAUUGAGAUCCAUAAUGACGUGAAGCGCAGAGGGUUCGAUGCGGAUGUCUUCGUGGCAAAUGCACUUGUAGACAUGUAUGCAAAAUGUGGAAGUUUAGAGAAUGCACGAUACAUGUUUGACAAAAUUACAGAACCAGAUACGGUAUCCUGGACGGCACUGAUUGCAGGGUAUGCACAGAAAGGGUACAUUGACGAGGCUCUCCAACUAUUUGGGAAAAUUUCCCGACGGGACGUGUGGUCAUGGACUGUAAUGAUUGCUGCAUAUGCGAGGAUUGGGUUUUCUGAAGAAGCAUUAGUGUUUUUUGGACAAAUGCUGCUGGCAGGCUUGAAACCCAAUCAAUUUACAUUUGCGGCUGUUCUACCUGCAUGUUCCUUAUUGUCGUCAUUGGAAGAAGGCGUGGCAAUUCACGGUGAAGUGAUAAGAAGCGGAUUACAGUGUAAUGUUCUGGUUACAAAUGCCCUUAUAGACAUGUAUGCAAAAUGUGGUCGUAUUGAGAUUGCCCGCGAUUUGUUUGACAAAAUGUCUGAACCAGAUUUGAUUUCCUGGACCACGAUACUUGCAGGAUAUAGCCACAAUGGAUUGGCAGAGGACACCAUGGAGUUAUUCAAACAAAUGCAAUUUACUGGGGUAAAGCCGGAUGAGAAAACCUUUGCUAGCAUUCUUCCGGCAUGUGCAGGUCUGGGAGCUCUACAACAGGGUAUGCAAAUCCAUGACCAAAUAGUUGAAAGUGGAUUUCAAUCUGAUGUAUUUCUGGUCAGUGCCCUUAUAGAUAUGUAUGGAAAAUGUGGCAGCCUAGAAAAGGCACGAAAAUUGUUUGACAAAAUGCGUCCACAAGAUGUUGUGUCGUGGACGGCUAUGAUAGCAGGCUAUGCUAUUCAUGGUCGUGGCAAGGAAGCCCUUAAAAUCUUUGAACAAAUGAAACAUUCUGGCAUAAACCCAAAUCAUGUCACUUUAAUUUGUGUUUUGUCUGCAUGCUGCCAUGCUGGUCUAGUGGAGGAAGGCCGCCUCUAUUUCAGUGGCAUGUAUGAAAACCACCAUAUCACACCUUCAAUGCGUCACUAUAACUGUAUGGUUGACCUGCUUGGCCGAGCUGGACUCCUUGAUGAAGCACUUGCCAUUGUUAACAAGAUGCCAAUAAAGGCUGAUGUUUCUGUGUGGAACUCCUUAAUUGGAGGAUGUAGAUUAUACAACAAUGCAGAGUUGGGACAACUUGCUGCAAAGAAAAUUAUUGAGUUGGAACCUCAGAGUACCACACCCUAUGUUCUACUCUCAAAAAUAUACGCAGCAAGUGGUCGGUGGAGUGACAUUGAAAAGUUAAGAAAAAUGAUGGAAGACAAAGAAGUAAUGAAGACAGCUGGGUGCAGUUGGAUUGAGGUCAAUAGACGUGUACACCCAUUUCUCUCAGGAGACAUUUGACAUCCAAAAUAAAUACAUAAUUUCUUUGGAAACUAGAGAACAUACCCAGAUUAGUUGAAAACAGGCAACUUGCUGCAGAGUACAUUAUUGAGUGGAACUCAGAGUGCCACACCCUAUGUUCUUCUCUCAAAAAUAUACACAGCAAGUGGUGGGUGGAGUGACAUUGAAUAGUUAAGAAAAAUGAUGGAGGACAAAGAAGCAAUGAAGACAGCUGGAUGCAGUUGGAUUGAGGGCAAUAGUUGUGUAGACACAUUUCUCACAGGAGACAUUCGACAUCCAAAAUAAAUACAUAAAUUCCUUGGAAACUAGAGAAAAUACCUUGGGGGCAUGAAUAUAUUAGUAGAAAACAACUUAUGUCGGUGAUGUGUGUGAGGGAGAUAAACGAAGAAUGGCAAGAUUGAAAGUAAUUACUUUCCUUGGAAACUAGAGAAAAUACCUUGGGGGCAUGAAUAUAUUUGUAGAAAACAACUUAUGUCGGUGAUGUGUGUGAGGGAGAUAAACGAAGAAUGGCAAGAUUGAAAGUAAUUACUUUACUAUUAAUGAUUGGGAUAAGCAAUCUUGACAUUCACGUAGUGAUUGUUGAUGAAGCUGAAGCGGCAAUUAGUUUACAGGUAUGGAAUUACAUUCUUGUAACAAUAAAUGGAAUUGACUGAUGAGGCCGGAUUACUAUUGGUGAGGAUGACGGCUUUGUAAUUUUUUCCCAUUUAGAAUAGGAAAAAAAAUUACUAUUCUUUUGUGUAUAUGGUGCAGUAGAGGGCCUUGUAAGCUGUAGCUUUCAAGUCGGAGGUCCUGGGUUUAAGUCUCCCAGUUGUAAAUUGCAUGCUGGUUAAGCACAGCUCCCAACAAGGUUCAAUGGCACGUUGGAUUCUUGGAUGUGCCAAUAGAAUUCCCCCGGGCUUUUUCUCAGUUUUUGAGAAAUACAAAACUGUUUACAGUGAAAUUUUUCUCAAUCUAAUAAAUCUUAACUAACUCAAGAUUAUUGUGCCUUGUGCCCAAUUCUUCUGUUACUCUUUUUCUUCUA